AUGGCCGGAAGAAACGCUGGGAGGAAUGAUGAGGCUCUUGCUGCAGCUAUGCAGGCAAUGGUUCAGGCAUUCCAGAACCCACCCAAUGCUGACGAGAACGUGGGGUCUCGUAGUCUGGCGACGUUUCAGAGGGAGAACCCACCUACUUUUUUGGGUAGUUAUGAUCCUGAAGGAGCCUUGGCUUGGUUGAAGGAGUUUGAAAGAAUCUUCAGAGUGAUGGAUUGCACUCUUGUGCAAAAGAUCCGUUAUGGAACUCAUAAGCUGUCAGGUGAAGCCGAUGAUUGGUGGGUGGACACUCGUCUAAGGUCAGAAACUGCGGGCGAGGAGAUUACUUGGGAAGUGUUUCGUAGAGAAUUUUUGAGGAAGUAUUAUCCAGAAGAUGUGCGAGGAAAGAAAGAGAUUGAAUUCCUCGAGUUGAAGCAAGGGAACUUGUCAGUCACGGAGUAUGCUGCUAAGUUCACUGAAUUGGCUAAGUUCUAUCCUCACUAUGAUGGAGCCAAUGCCGAAUCCUCUAAGUGCAUCAAGUUUGAAAACGGAUUGCGUCCGGAAAUUAAGAAAGCUGUGGGAUAUCAAAAGAUUUGCGUCUUUGCGGAUCUGAUUGAUAGUUGUAGAAUCUUUGAAGAGGACAACAAUGCACAUUAUAAGAUCUUGUCUGAGAAGAGAGGAAGGGGCCAACACAACCGUGGUAAGCCAUAUGAAACUCCGGUUGGAAAAGGGAAACAGAAAGUGAUUCCGGGUCGAAGAACAAGUGGGGGAGAUGCUCCUGCUAAUGUUAUCUGUUUCAAGUGUGGAAAGUCGGGUCAUAAGAGUAAUGUGUGUAGGCUUUGUGAAACGAGAUGUUUCCGUUGUGGUAUGUCGGGACAUGCGGCUCGUGAUUGUAAGCAGAAGGAUGUUGUUUGCUUUAACUGUGGGGAAGGAGGACAUAUCAGUGCUAAAUGUCAGAAGCCAAAGAGGGGACAAGAGAGUGGUAAAGUGUUUGCUUUGUCGGGAACUCAGACUACAAAUGAAGAUGGACUUGUUCGAGGUACUUGUUUCAUUAAUAAUAUUCCUUUAAUUACUAUUAUUGAUACCGGUGCCACACACUGUUUUGUUGCUGCGGUGUUGCAAUGGGAAGCUCCUACGUCAGUUACCGAGAUAAGAAGUUUCCUAGGCUUGGCAGGUUACUAUAGGAGGUUUAUAGAAGGCUUUUCUAAGUUGGCACUUCCUUUGACUAAGUUAACUUGUAAGGGUGCUGCUUUUGUGUGGGAUGUACGAUGCGAAGAAAGUUUCCUUGAGUUGAAGAAAAGGUUGACAACGGCUCCGAUUUUGAUUUUGCCAAAUCCCGAGGAACCGUUUGUGGUUUAUUGUGAUGCUUCGAAGAUGGGAUUAGGAGGUGAGCUUAUGCAGAAUGGUAAGGUGGUUGCUUAUGCUUCUAGACAAUUGAGGGUUCAUGAGAAGAACUACCCUACGCAUGAUUUGGAGCUUGCGGCGGUUGUGUUUGUUUUGAAAAUUUGGAGACAUUACCUUUAUGGAUCUAGAUUUGAAGUCUUUAGUGACCAUAAAAUCUUGAACAUUGGAGAGGCUCAGAAGUUGGAUAUGAAACUUGUUAAUGUGAUCAUUGGACUCGGACAAUCUGAGAAUGAGGAUUUCAAAUUGGAUGCACAAGGUGUGUUGAGGUUUCGUGAUAGGAUUUGUGUUCCUGAUGAUGUGGAUUUAAAAAGGAUGAUCUUGGAAGAAAGCCAUAGGAGUAAUUUGAGUAUUCAUCUCGGAGCGACUAAGAUGUACCAAUAUUUGAAAAGAUUAUUUUGGUGGUCGGGAAUGAAGCGUGAAGUAGCUCAGUUCGUGUAUGCGUGCUUGACUUGCCAGAAAUCAAAGGUGGAGCAUCAGAAACCUGCGGGGUUGAUGCAACCGCUUACGAAGUCGGCUCACUUUAUUCCUAUUAACAUAAGUUAUCCGGUGUCGAAGUUGGCGGAGAUUUAUACCAAUGUUAUUAUGAAGCUGCACAGUGUUCCUCUUUGUAUUGUUUCGGAUAGAGAUCCGAGGUUCACUUCAGAAUUUUGGAAGAGUUUGCAAGAAGCUUUAGGUUCCAAGUUGAGGUUGACUUCUGCGUAUCAUCCUCAGACGGAUGGUCAAACGGAGAGGACUAUCCAAUCCUUGGAAGAUUUGUUAAGGGUGUGUAUUCUUGAACAAGGAGGUUCAUGGGAUACUCACCUUCCGUUGGUGGAGUUUACUUACAACAAUAGUUACCAUUCAAGUAUUGGAAUGGCGCCUUUUGAAGCUUUGUAUGGGCGGAGGUGUAGGACUCCGUUGUGUUGGCAUGAAUCUGGUGAAAGUGUGGUACUUGGACCCGAGAUUGUUCGAGAAACUACCAAGACGGUUAAGAUGAUUCGGGAUAAGAUGAAGAUUUCUUAA